ACAGACAAAGAAGAGACAAAAUUAACCAUUGUAUGGGCUAUUGGUGUAUAUCCGAUUGAGAGUGAAGAUCGAGAGAUGGAAAUUGUUCUUUUUGUCCUGAUAAAUGAAGAGGAAAGAGAUCCUAAUACUCAAUCAGUUUUUGUGAAAAAUGAGUAUUAUAGUAUGACAGCUACUUCUUCGACGCAUUUAACGAUCAGAAGGGAUCUUGGCUCAAACAGAUGCUCAUUGAAAACUUCAUUAGUUGGUGUUGUGCAAGAUAUACCAAAAGAAGUUGAUGAUGAACACGUAGAAAUUAUAGAUAAGGAAGUAUAUGCUUACGCUGCUGAUAUCUUCCUUAUUGAUAUCAAUUUUACGGCUAAAAGAAAAAUUUCUAGUUUAAAUAAUUCUCAAACUACAACGGAGAUAUACAGAACUGUUCGAACAAAACUCUUAAAUGUGCAUCAAAAUGCUAAUGAAAAAUCGACUGAAGAAACUUCAACUAAAACAAAUAAACAUACAAUUGAUUUAACUACUGAUAAUCUUAACAUCUCAAAACACACGAGAGUGGAAGAUGCGGAAGAUGAUGAUGAUCUUUAUGAACAAAGUGCUGAAUGUAGUAAAAAAUAUACAAAUGAAAGUAAUGAAUACAAUGAUGAUAUCAAUAUUGUUGAAGAAAGCAAAUACUCUAUGCAUAAUCGAGGAAAGGUAAACAAAGAUAAAGAAAAGAUGGCACAACCUGUAGUACAUAAUACGAGAAGAGAAACUAGAAGAAGAAAAAACCGUAAAUAUCAAAAAAACUUAAGAAAACAAAAAAAAACUUCAGCUCACAUUGCUAGAGAUAAUUGGGCAAAAUGUGCUGGUUUGCCCUGGCACAUAUUAGAAAUCAAUGAAGAGUUUGAACAAAAAAUCAAAGAAUACACAAAUUGGCCACAACUAAUUAAUCCAAAACUAUCAAAUGAAACUUUAAAGGAAUUUCACAAUAAUACCAAUUUAAAUGAAUUACGAGAGUUAUCAUGUGCUAUCUGUUCAAAACUAAAUGACUGGAAAAAUUAUAAAAAAGUCUCUAUAAAAGACGUAAAUUUAAAUUUACUUAAAGCACUGAAUGAACUUAUCGCUCUAUUCUUUGAAAUUAACUUCCAUUAUAAUGAACCAUAUAUUGACAACACCAAUAUAAAAAUAUUACUUGAUCAAGCAGGAUUUAUAAAUACUUCUGAUCACCAAAAUAAAAAUAACAUACUUUCAAUACGAGUAUGCAAUGUUUGUUACAGAUAUCUAGAAAAAAAUAUAACACCUCCACUAUCUUUAUCAAAUAAUAUGUGGAUUGGAACUACACCGAUGUGUCUACAAAUAUUACCUCUACCACUGUUUAAACUUUGCGAUCACUUGAAAUUAGUUUUUAUUGAAAAAAAAACUCCUUCCAAAAAUUAUCUAAAAAAAAUCCUUCAGAUACGAAAAAGUAAAGUGACAAAUGCACUUCAAUGGCUUUUCAGCCAUAACAAGCUAUUUAAAGAAUAUAUAGAAAUUAACAGCAAAAUCCUAAAUGACUUACCCAAAGGAGAAAUUCCAGAACCUUUACUAUUGACAACUACUGUUAUUGACCUUGAAAUGCAAAACAUAGAACACUAUACUGGUUAUAUCCACGAUCCAAUAGAAUAUGAUGAAUCGAAUAGUGAAAAUGAAACUGAAAAUAUUACUUUGAAUAAUAAAGAUAAAACAGAUCAAUUUAUCAAAAAUAAUACUAUAGGCAAUUUAUAUAACUUUAGAACAUCAAGUAUACUAUAUGUAAAUGAUAUUCCAGUAAUGGAAGAAGAACUUACUUUAAGUUCUUUACAAAAACUUAUCGAAAAGUCAAAUUUACAGUACAAGAAUAAACCACUAGAUAAUGCUUCAAAUACUACAUCUAAAACAACUCAAACGAAAUUAAUUUGUGUAUCUCAUGAAAAUACACCAAUAAAUAAAUAUGAAGAUCCAAAACUUCUUCCUGCUGCCUUCCCUACUCUUUAUCCAUUUGGUGUAGGAGGUCACAUAGGUCAUUCACAAUAUAUUUUUUUUAAAGAAUAUAUAAAUCAUUUGAUGUGCUAUCAUGACCCUAAAUUUCGUCAACACAGAUCAUUCUCAUUUGUCACCUUUAAUAUCUUACAAAGGCGUGAAGUAUCAUCAGAAUCAUAUAAUUUAACAAAAAAUAAUAACUUUGAAAAAUCAGCUAACUUAAUAAACAUACUCAAACCAAAUGACAUAAAAUUGGCAGUUGAACAGAUACAAAAAAAAGAACCUAUAACUAAUCCAAAUAUACUUGAAUUACUUAAAAAUAUUAAUUCCACAGGAUCAAAAUUGAUGGCAUCAUACCAAUCAUGUUUUAGAAUGCAUAACGAAAUAUGUGCAACAAUUAUACAAGAUGGUGCACCUUCUAUAUUCAUAACAAUUAAUCCAGCUGAUCUUCAUAGUCCCAUUGUGAUGAUGUAUGCUGGAAACGAAAUAGAUCCUGAUAAGCUUUUACCAGAAAAUUUUCCAAAAGCUAAUGAAAGGGCCUGA